CCCGUCAGUCAGGAGGCGGAAGUUGGUGCCGGCGGGAAUGUUGUAGCGCGGCGCAUUGCUGCUCUCUCGCCGGGUUCUGCGUGGGCGCGCCCCCCUGCUCGGCGGCGACCGGACAGUGAGAUUUCUCGAGGCUCCUCUCAUUCCGGAUGAUUGUAAAGUCCUGGUCAGUGGCCACUGAAUAUAAUUGAAACAGAAUAGGAAGAUGGCAGCAAAUCCUUCAGGACAAGGUUUUCAAAAUAAAAAUAGAGUUGCAAUUUUGGCUGAACUGGACAAAGAGAAGAGAAAAUUACUUAUGCAGAACCAAUCUUCAACAAGUCACCCUGGAGCUAGCAUCUCCCUCUCCAGGCCUUCUCUUAAUAAGGACUUCCGGGACCAUGCUGAGCAGCAGCACAUUGCAGCCCAACAGAAGGCGGCUCUGCAGCACGCUCAUGCACAUUCAUCUGGAUACUUCAUAACUCAAGACUCUGCAUUUGGGAAUCUUAUUCUCCCUGUUUUACCUCGCCUUGAUCCUGAAUGAAGAAAGUGUCUGUGAUAAGGGACCUUGUAAUAUCAAAUGUCAAAGUUCUCACCCAGCUCUAUACAAACUCUGACUUUCAGAACUUUGGAGAACUUAGCUUUUGUUUCUUUAAAGAAAGGAAUAAGUAACUGAGAUGGGAAAGAGAAGAGGAGCUGGGGCACCGAGACCUCGGGGAGCGGCGGCAGUGGCAGCGGCGGCGGACCUGGCUGUGCUGGCUGAGACGAACUUCUUUGCAUUGCCAUUGGACUUUCCCUCAGACUCAGAAUCGCUUAGUCUCCCGAAAUCUGCAUCACCUUCAACAAGUUGGACUGAAUUAUCAUGUAGGAAGCCCUGGGUUUGACCCUAUCACUGCACAGACAAGCUCUGAUGACCAUGCACACACCUGUGUUCUCAGCACUAGAGGAACAGAGGUAGAAGAUCAGAAGUUCAAGGCCAUCCUUGCCUAGGUAGUGAUUUUUGAGACCAGUCUAAGGUAUAUGCGACUGUGCCUCAAAAGACAACCAAAAACAAACAGAAGAGCCAUUAAUAGUCCUAACUUUAAAGAAAUGAGGAUGCUUUCUAAAAGUGUGAAGAAUAGGCUUACAUACAUUGUGGUUUCUUGUGUUAAGAAACAAGCUAUUUAGAAAUAGGCUAAUAACUAGUUCUCCAUCCUACUCUGAAUUUUAAAAGAAAACUUCAGACUAAAUUACAACCAAUCUUAAAUCUUUUUGAAGUAAAUGCUACUAUGAUAGCAAAUAAAUGAUGUGACUAAAUACUGUUCUGAAAGCAGCUUAAGUAAUAAUGGUAGCUGUAAAUGUGUAUGUAUUCUCACUUCAUGUUGCUACAGAAGUGGUGUGCCUGAGUGGUUUUAUUUUCUAUUUUUUUUAAUCUAAUUAACUUAAAAAUUAGGCAAAUUAAGCCCUUUUAAAUCAUUUUAAAUAAGGUUAAACAAGUUGCUCAACAGGGCCAAACUUUGACAUAACUGAGGUGCUUAUUUCCAUAUGUCCCUCCCUUUGCCCUAGAGAGUUAGAGUUUGAUUGAAGUGUGAGAAGUAUGGCUUAGAGAGUUCUACAGUACCUUACACAAAGAUGUCAUGAUUAAAAUUCUAUUUUAUAAGGGAGUUAUUUUGUAAGGAUCCUGUCAUUUUCUGUUCCCAAGGAUUGAACCUAGGACUAACAGUUAUGGAUGUGUUAUUUCACCGAGCUUCAUCACCCCGUGUAACUGACUGCAUCUCCGUCCUUUCUGCUGCUGGGGGAAUUUAAACAUUUUCAGUUGGGUCAAUAUUCAGUCACAGUGUCACUCCUUUCUGAUAGUUUCCUAUAGGUAUUUUCACAACCACGUAGCACCAUCCUGCUCUGUGUAAGUGAAGCAACAGGAAGCAGUCUUAGAAGCCUGACCUGAUUCUCCAUUGAGUAAGAUGGAACCAUUCCAGUUACUACACUGCUCCUUUGUUCUGCCACUGACCCAGGGACUCUCUUGCUCCUGCCCCUCCGGAAAUCCAUCCAGCUUCUUUCUGCGUCUCCUAGUCUCCAUUUUCUUGAGUUUCGCUAAGUUUCUGUUCAUUGUGAUCCUUGAUAUACUGACAUGGUUCUAAAUCCAUCUACUGAUGUUAGGAAGAUAAAACAUGUAUAUAGGUUUUCCACUGUUGAA